CCACGGCAACGGCCCAACAGGCGGCGGCGGCGGGCCUGGCUCGGAGGCAGCUUCGCUGGCCUAGCUGGGCCCGGCGGCCCGGAAGGGGACGGGAGGGAGCGGCAGCGGUUGUCGCGGAGACCCGGCCGGCCCGCCCGCCGCCUGCAGCCCCGAGCUAGCGGAAGGCGCUCACCAGGCUUCGCCUUGCAGGCGCCCGUAACCCGGGGCCAUGGUGACCGACUUCGACGAGAAGCACGACGAGCACUUGGUGCUACUGCAGCAGAGGAACAGGACCCUGAAGGCCCUGGAGAGGAAGGACCCUCUGCAGCUCCGGCUGAAACAGCUGGAGCAGGGCUUCACUUUGUACGUGAACGGCGCCAACUCGGAGGCGAGCCGCGGCCGCAAAGUCAGCCCUCCGGCCCUGCUCGGGAGCGGCGGCGCGCGAACCGUCAGGGCGAACCCUGUGAGUACCAAAGACCUUUUAAAACAAGGAGAGCAGCAAGAGAGGAGCAUCCAAAGUGCCCCUAGUAAAAUCCAACGCCGGGAGUGGCUCCAGAAAGCUGUGCAGAUCAAGACAGAAACUGGAUCUAAGCUCUACAUUGCUCCUCCUUGCGAGUAUUCCGAGGAUUUUGAAUCUGAUGAAAGUUUAGAUUUGCAGACAACUGAGUAUGAAGAGAAUGGUACUUCCCAGGAACUCCGACAAAGCUUGGAGUUGGCCAGGAGCCAAAAACAGGUGAAAGGGGAAUGUUCUUCCGAGGAUUCUGACUCCAUCGAGGAGGAGGUUCCCACUGAAGCCCCUGAGAAGAAAGAACCUGCAGCACGUCUGGGAGGGGCUGCUGUGCCGGUUCUUGCCAAAGCAGCUCUCUCUCCUCUGUCUGGCACAGGCUCUGCUCUGGCCACUGGGCUUUUCACGUUGGAAUUCAAGCCAAACUGCCCAGGCAUUAAGAAGGAGCAAACUCUCUCUGCAAAAAGGAAGGGCACUGCUGAACCCUACAUUCCCGUCAAGCCCAUAAGUUCGGUGGCUGCAGGUCGUCGGUGCCUGGAAGAGCAGGAAGGAACCACCUCCAGACCAAGAAGCCGAUCAGAAAGACCACUCUCAGCUGUUCGGAAAAAUGUGUGUGAGAAGAAGGAUCCAGCAAAUGCUGCUUCCAUUGUCCUCAAAGCUAUGCGAGCAGAAAAUGAGACACUACGAAAGGAGCUGCUCUGUAGGCAGCUGGAGGUCUCCACAGAGUCACUGCUGGCUUCUGGUUCUGCAACAGUGGACGUUCCUCCAGAACAGCAGGAGGAUGCAGUUAUCUCCACAGCCCUGGAACAAACUGGACUUCUGGAAAACAGGUGGCAACAGAAGAAAUUUCUCAAAGCUCUGCAAAAGACCGAGACUCUAUCCGUCUGCCAUGGCCCUGCAGCUUUGGGCUUUGGACAGCUGGAGCUUCCUGUUCUGGACUAUGUGGGAUUGGAAAAGGAGGUCCGGGAUGCCAUCUAUAUCACUAUAGAGAUCCUCUCCAACUGGGGAGACGUGUCCCGUGUGGGUCUGACAGAAGUGGAGUUCUUUGACUUGAAUUUUGAGAGAGUGUUUGUGUCACCUCACGAUGUGGACAUUCGGCAUGCAGAUCCACCUGGAGAGCUGAGCUGCUUAGUUAACCAAAGCACAAAUGUCCCCAGAGAGGUUCUCCCCUGGUCAUGCCUCUUCCAGCCUCCAGUGCAGCUGUACUUCAUUGUCCGAAAUACCAGCCUCUCAGGAGACUUUGGACUAUCUAGAAUCAGGAUCUGGAAUUACAGCCCAGCCAUUCAUGGUGAUCUGAAUAUUGGAGCGAGAAAUAUCAUUGUAUACGUUGAUGGGUGUCUAAUCUUUGCUGGGGAGCUGCAGAAGGGCUGUUUGGCUCAUGAUUCUAAUGGCAAUGGCUGCACCUCCAUUGAUCUCCCAACAAACCUUCCCCUUUCUCUAAAUGGAAAAGUAGACAAGAAUUGGUCUUCUGCAAAUCUGAGAGAGGAGCUUGACAAGCUGCUGCUGUUCAGUUGGGAGAAGCCUUCCAUAAAAGAAGACUGCCUUGAGGAAAAAGAGAGAACCAGUUAUCCUGACCAAUGGGAAAAGUCUCUCCAGCCCAACCCAAACAUCAACAGCCUUGUCUCAUUGGAGACCGCAAGGUGUGUCUCCCCUGAGGAUGACAGUUCCCUGAGUGAGAAAACGGAAGAAUGUUCUCAGUCAGCCAAUUUUACUUCCCCUGAUAUUUUGACCUCCCCUGAAGCAAAGGGGGAGAUGCAAGUUAGCUCUGGGAAGCAAAAACUGCCUCCUUUGGGAUUACAAGUCCAGCUGCCUUCAGAGAGCAUCAAGAGAGGCUGUCCCCAUCUCUCUCCAACUGAGGAAGAGCAGCCCAACAAGGAGGCCCCCGAGGCAGACGAGAGACCCUCGGAGGAGACCCAGGGGUCCAUCCCUGAUCUGGGCCCCUGGAAACCACUCCUUUAUCAACCCAGUGGUCCAACCAAGCUGCUUCCCCCUGACCAAGACCUUAAAGACAGAGAGAAGGAAGAAUUCAGCCACCCCUUAUCUACGGAGGAAGCUGCACUUGACAAAGAGGAGCCCUUCCCAGCCAAGGGUAGCACGAGGCCCUCAAGAGCCAAGUGGGGCACUUCUCAGGAGCACAUGCUGCAGGAAUCUUGGAAUUCGUUGUUGAAAUUCAAUCAUUUGCAUCAUGGCCGAAUAUCCAAUAUGGAUUUCCAAGGUGACAUUUUUGAUGAGUUUCUCCAUCAGCAGAAAAUUAGCCGGCAAGAAGCUCAGAAGCUCAGAAUAAAGGACCAGACACGGGAGCUGCUAGCACAGAAGAAGGACGACAACUGCUUAGACUUGGAGGAUGAGAGCGAAUUUAAAAUCCCCAUCUUACCUCACGGUCAGCACUUAAAACUUGAUAUCAGGUCAACCUGGGGAGACAGGCAUUAUGUUGGUCUGAAUGGACUUGAGCUGUUUAGCUCAAAAGGUGAGCCCAUCCAGAUUGUAAAAAUCACAGCCAGCCCACCCGAUAUCAACAUCUUGGCUGCGUAUGGCAAAGACCCCCGGAUUGUAACUAAUCUGCUGGAUGGAGUGAACCGGACACAGGAUGACAUGCACCUCUGGCUGGCUCCCUUCACUCCAGGAAAGUCCCACUGUGUUUGCCUGGACUUUGCAAAGUCAUGUGAAGUAGCCAUGAUUCGCAUCUGGAAUUACAACAAGUCUCGCAUCCAUUCUUUUCGGGGGGUGAAGGACCUCUCUAUUCUCCUGGAUGAAUGCUGCAUUUUCCAAGGAGAAAUUGCCAAGGCUUCAGGGACACUCACUGGAGGUCCAGAGCAAUUUGGAGACACCAUCCUGUUCACGACAGAUGAGGACAUUCUGGAGGCCAUUUACUGUUACGACGAGUCCUGCGAGGAGGAAAUUGAGAGUAGGAACAGCUUGGGCUACGAGGAGGAGCUGAAGAGGCCGAGAACAGCUGACGGAGAUGAGAGGCCCUUCACUCAGGCGGGUUCCAGGACAGAAAACAAGCCGAGUCAGGAGCAAAUUGCAGGGUCAGAUUCCUUCUCCGAGGUCGUGACAAGCAAAGAACCUGGAAUCUAUUCUGGAAAAUGCCUGCUGCUGAAUUUUACUGCUUCUUGGGGCGAUUCACAUUACCUUGGACUGACAGGGCUCGAAGUGGUUGGAAAGGAUGGCCAAGCAAUCCCAUUCUCUGUGGAUCAGCUCUCUGCUUCCCCUCAGGAUCUCAACGAUCUUGUGGAGUAUGUGGAUGAUUCAAGGACCUUAGAUAAAUUGAUUGAUGGAAAAAACAUCACUAUGGAAGAUACCCACAUGUGGCUCAUUCCCUUUUGCCCUGGAGAAGAUCACCUGGUAACCAUCCAUUUCACCCAAGUAGAAAACAUCGCAGGGCUUCGCAUCUGGAACUAUAAUAAAUCUCCUGAGGACACCUAUCGAGGGGCAAAGAUGGUCCAUGUGUGGUUGGAUGGCUGCUGCAUCUCCCCCCCUGGGGGCUUUCUUAUUCGAAAAGGACCAGGCAACUGCCACUUUGACUUUGCUCAAGAGAUCCUCUUCAUCAACUACCUUGUGGGCCCCACAGUUGCUCCUGCACGUGAGCGGAGCGAAGUGAAGAAGAGGGAGCAAGGCAGCAUGGAGUAUGAAGCACCACUAAUGCCAUGUGGGUUCAUCUUCCAGUUACAGCUACUCACAAGUUGGGGAGAUCCAUAUUACAUCGGUUUGAACGGGCUGGACCUGUAUAAUGAACACGGGGAGAAGAUUCUUUUAAAUCAGAACAACAUUGCAGCUUUUCCAGACAGCGUCAAUGUCCUGGAGGGAGUAUAUGGAGAUAUUCGAACACCAGACAAACUCAUUGACGGUGUAAAUCACAGCACUGAUGGAAGGCACAUGUGGCUCACACCAAUUCUGCCAGGGCUGGUGAAUCGAGUUUACAUUAUCUUUGACUUGCCAACUACCAUUUCCAUGAUCAAGCUAUGGAAUUAUGCAAAAACUCCCCAGAGAGGAGUCAAGGAAUUUGGACUCCUUGUGGAUGAUUUGCUGGUAUACAACGGCAUUCUCGAUAUGGUGAGCCAUCUGGUCCCUGGCAUUCUUCCUACUUGUGACCCUGUCGUUCCCCAUCAUACUUUCCUCUUUACAGAGGACGAGAAGAUCUGCUGGCAGGAGAGGAGCACCAUGGUUAGCAACCAGAUAGAGGACCAGGAUGUACGACUGACGAAUGAGAGCCAGCUUAUAUCCUCUUCCAGAAAGAAGCAAAAGGGAGCUGCUGAUCCAGCUCUUCGUCCUAAAACCUGCAUUCAGGAUAAAGGACCAUUGCGGAGAACAAGACAGUGAGCAAAGAACAGGGUGGCCAACUCCUACGGCCCAUUUAUUGCCCAAGAAGAGGCGGCAGCCUGCACCACUGGCACCCAAUUUCCGACUGGAAUCAUGAGGGAGAACUCUGGGUGGGAUUGAGCUGGCUGUUAGUGCUGUUGAGACCAUCGGAAGCACUUUUGUCACCUAUAGGCUGAUUAUAGUUCUCCUUGCUUCUCCUCACAACAGGCUUUGGCUGAACUCGAGCAGGCUUGGAUGUAUGCUGUGGAAAGAGCAUGUGCACCAGCCCAGGCUGGUUCACAAGGGGAGCUUUCUGUAACUUCCACAGGAAGCCUUGAAGGGGGUCCCUUUGCUUACUGGGGGGAGAAGGGAUGGGAGGAGAAAAGGGCCAAAACGGGUGCCUCUAGGACAAAGGAGCACACAGCUCCCUUUUCCCCUUGUGCAUGCGCAUCACUGACACGCACAUCGUGUAUUUUCCCUGCAAUUUCAGAGAAAGUAUGUGAGCCACUGUAGAAAUUAAACAGCAUCAAAGCCUGGAGGGUGCCACCUUCCGCGGCCAGCCCAAAGGACUUCCUGUACAAUAGCUACAGUGGCUGAGGGCUGGAGUUGUAGCCGAGUGUGGCUAGGAGAAAGAGCACUGCAACUCUAUGGCCAGGUGUUCAACUGCACUGGGCUGCCACCUGCUUCUAAGGUGCAAGGAGCAGAGAGGCUUGGUACUUUUCUUUGCAAUUCUCACAGGGUUGCCUUCUAUCCUUGGAGGCAUCUCCCAAAACUGAGCUGAAAGGCAGAAAGUGCCCUGAACCUCCAUGAACAGCAAGCGCCUUAUUUAAAAUGUUCCCAGUUGCAGCAUAUUGACUGGUGGCAAGUACCAGAUUCUCACAGUUGUGGUGCUAUUAUUUACUGUUUGUUGUACAGUACACACAAACCCAGCUUAUUUUUUUCUAUCAUUAGCCUAUUAAUCACAUUGUGCCUCCUUAGUUAGAGCAAUAGAUGCCCGGGGAGAUUGCCAUCUGACUUUGGAAGAAGAUGCAAGCCUGGCAGUUAAAUAGCCGCAGAAGCUGUGAAGCUGACCUUUGUGCUUGCUGGCACCAUCAGUGUGACCCAUUUCUGGCCUUUCUGUAGCCUGAGCACAGGGUCCAAAAGCUGCUCCUGCAAAGAAUGAGGAUCCGUGCCUUAUUGUUUCAACUGAGUUGGCCCAGCCCAGCCCUUAUUUGGCAACUUUUGCAACUUGGCUUUGGCAGAGCUCUUGCUCAGCCUUCACAAGCAUUGCCUAAAUGCCCAGAGAGAAGUACCAGAGCAGGGCUUAAUACCACCCCCCCCCCCCCAAAAAAAAGAUCUGGAUCUUUUUUCCUACAUAAAUAUUUCUUUGGCAGACAACUUGCCUCUGCUUGUAACAGAGAUGUUGUCUUGUACACAGUGUAUGUCAACUGGCCUUUUCUAUAUUAGGAGCAACUCUGAUUUCAGGUUAGGCUCCGAAUGAGGUGGUUGAAGAUGGUGAAGUUAAACCUCAGCUUUUGUUGAUGUGCGUUUCCCCAACAUCACAUAGAUCAUUCUUGGUCUCUAAAUGCUGUUGAAGUAGACUGAGAAUGGGAAGAGAUGAUGAGUGGGUUGUUUUUUUUUACUAUUAGGGCUUAAAGUAAUUUUUUAAAGUAAUAAAGUAAUUAUUAUUUCCCCAUGUGUUCAACAAUAGCAGUACUAAAAUUUCUCAGCUGAAACAAAGAAUCAUGGUUGAGAACAGGAUUGAGAGAUCCAGUUUUGUAACAAGAUUGAUUGCUUCAUGAAGAAUAAAUUCCUGGCUUUGAAACACAA